AAUCUUUCAUUUCUUCACAUUAACGCUUUCAUCGGAAGAUCUCGCCGGAAAAACCUUCUCUCAAACCAGAUCUCUUACGAUUCCAAGCUCAAUCUCACCUUUUUCUUUGUUGUGCUGCUUUUCACUUUCUUCGAGACGAAUUUAGCGUUGUUGUUGAGAUUUGAAACCGUGGCUUAAGCCGGAGGAAGAAGAAGAAGAUGGAAGCUAACGGGAUUGAGAAUUUGCCGAAUCAGAAUCCGAAUCUGGAAAGAGAGUUUAUUAGGAGACAUCAUAAUCAUGAGCUUGUUGAGAAUCAGUGUAGCUCUACGCUUGUUAAACAUAUCAAAGCUCCUGUUCAUAUUGUGUGGUCACUUGUGAGAAGAUUUGAUCAGCCACAGAAGUAUAAACCAUUUAUUAGUAGGUGUGUGGUGAAAGGAAACAUGGAGAUUGGUACAGUAAGAGAAGUUGAUGUCAAAUCAGGUUUACCAGCUACUAGAAGCACUGAGAGAUUGGAGUUACUUGAUGACAAUGAGCAUAUUCUCAGUAUCAGAAUCGUUGGUGGUGAUCACAGACUUAAGAACUAUUCUUCAAUCAUUUCUCUUCACCCUGAGACUAUAGAAGGAAGAAUAGGGACACUUGUGAUUGAGUCAUUUGUGGUUGAUGUACCAGAAGGAAACACAAAGGAUGAGACUUGUUACUUUGUUGAAGCUUUAAUCAAAUGCAAUCUUAAAUCUUUAGCUGAUAUCUCUGAACGUCUUGCGGUUCAAGACACGACAACAGAAUCGAGAGUCUAAAGAUCCAAAGAGUAAGAAACUAUUGCAUCAGAG